UACAUACUAUACAUACAUUAGAGAGAGAGAGAGAGAAGCGCAGAGAGAAAAAUCAGACAGCUUGUCCGAGUAGACUUGAGAGAGAGAAAGAGAUGGCAUCGUUCGACGCAUACAGCACGGACGGUGACGGUACGCGUCAGUUCGACGACGGCGGGUACACUGGCUACGACGAAUCAUACACCGCCUUUUCCCCUGCUGACACUCCGCCUUACUCUGCCGCCGCCGCCGGAGCUGGAGUUUACCCUCCAGAGUACGGAGAAUCGGAGGAGGUGGUGGUGGAUCACGUGGACAGCCCCGAUCCGUUCGGGUCCUCGACCACGGCCCCGAUCUCGAAUGGCAACGGGAAUCGGCCAUAUGAUAUGGGGGAAGAUUCGGAGGGAAUAUUCAACUCCGAUGGGCCGAUUCUUCCGCCUCACUCUGAAUUGCAGCCUGAAGAAGGAUUCGCUCUUCGCGAAUGGAGAAGGCAAAAUGCCAUUCGGCUUGAGGAGAAGGAGAAGAGGGAAAAAGAACUGCGGAACCAAAUUCUAGAAGAUGCUGAGGAGUAUAAAAAAAAUUUCUACGAGAAAAGAAUUCUUGGUUUAGAGACUAACAAGACUAGUAACAGAGAGAGAGAGAAGUCAUUCCUGGCCGGCCAAGAAAAGUUCCAUAAAGAAGCCGAUAAACAAUAUUGGAAAGCCAUAGCCGAGCUCAUUCCUAAUGAGGUACCCAAUAUUGAAAAGAGGGUGAAGAAGAAGGAUAAAGACAAGAAGCCAUCUAUCACAGUCGUCCAAGGUCCGAAACCUGGCAAGCCUACCGAGCUUUCAAGGAUGCGCCAUAUACUGGUGAAGCUGAAGCAUAAUCCCCCGCCUCACAUGUUGCCACCACCUCCUGCUCCUGCUAAGGACAAGAAAGAUUCUAAGGAUGGAAAGACUGUCAAAAUUGGAAAAGAUGCAGAAUCAAAUGCGACUAAAGAAACACCUGCCAAAGAAUCUGCUGCCGGUGGUUCACGGCCAUCUGAAGAACCCACUGCUGGUCCAUCCAACGACCAGCUUGUUAGCUAAUUUUUCUACUUUUGCUUGCUUACUCGCUCGAUUCCCCGUGCCUUGUAUCUAUUUUGCACCGCCAGUUACUACUGAGAGUAGAAACAAUGACUGGAAACGUUCGUAUGUUCUUAAGCUUUUACAAAUUAAGUAUAUGUUUUGUACUAGUUAUUGUAAAACAUUUUCCUUUUUAAUGAUUGACUUUCGAUUAACA